ACCGGAACAAACAAAAGCAGCAGAGCAGCUGCAGCUCUAGAGUGUUUUAUCGGGAGUGUAACCAACACGUAAAUGCUUAGGGAGCCCAGUGAAGGCGUCAGACGGAUUAUUCAAGGGGAUUCAAGGGGGACGAUCUGCUCAUCUGUGCCGCAGCUGGAAAAAAAAAAAAAAAAAAUGGAGUUGAGGAUGAUUUGAGCUAAACAUUAAUGUUUUUAUUUUCUUUUACAUCGUCUUUUUUCUUUCUAAAAACCUUUUGCGUUUUUUAAAAAAUAAUUUUAAGUCAUUAUGAAAGGCUACCAUGUUGCAAGUCAGACGAGGAGGUGGAGGGGUAGCGGCAGCGGGGCGUCCGGGCUGCUGUGUCCGCUGCUCUGUGCGUGUCUCCUGGCUGCAGUGGUCGGGUACAAGCCGGUGAUCAUCGUGCACGGUUUGUUCGACAGCUCGGGGGAUUUUAUAAACUUACAGCGUUUCAUCAACGAGUCUCAUCCUGGAACAAACGUAACCAUCAUCGACUUGUUUGACAGAAGCGCCAGUCUGCAGCCCAUGUGGAAACAGGUGGAGGGGUUCAAGGCAGCUAUAUACCCAAUAAUUCAAAACGCAGAAGAAGGGGUCCACUUCAUCUGCUACUCUCAAGGUGGCCUGGUUUGCAGAGGAAUCCUCUCCACUCUGUCCAACCACAACGUGCACUCCUUCAUCUCGCUGUCCUCGCCUCAGGCCGGGCAGUACGGAGACACAGACUACUUAAAGUACCUGUUCCCUCAGUUUGUGAAGUCAAACCUCUACCACAUCUGUUACACUGCGAUAGGUCAAAGGAUAUCCAUCUGCAACUACUGGAACGACCCCCACCACAGAGACCUGUACGUGAACAGCAGUGAUUAUUUGGCUUUACUCAACGGCGAGAGACCAAAUCCAAAUGCAACAGAGUGGAAGACAAACUUCCUCAAAAUCAAAAAGCUGGUGUUGGUCGGAGGACCAGACGACGGAGUCAUCACUCCCUGGCAGUCGAGCCAGUUUGGAUUCUUUGACGAUAACGAGACCGUCGUUGAGAUGCAGCACCAGGAUUUCUAUCUGAGGGAUGUUUUUGGCCUGAAGACGCUGGCGGCUCGUGGAGAUGUGAUCAUCUGCUCCAUUCCCGGCGUCGAACACAUCCGGUGGCACUCGAAUGAAACCGUGUUCCACACAUGUAUGGAGAAGUGGCUGGACUAGAACGAAACUCCCUCGCAGCAAACUCAGACACACACAGAGACACACUUUACAGUUUUUAUAUGCUAUUAACAUCAUAUAUGUUUGAAAAGCCCACCUCUGUAGUUGGACAACAUGGUGAGGAUUCUCUUAAGGGAAAUAAUCUCAUUUCAAUCAAACAGACUCACAAGGUUUUAUUUUCCUGGUGUUUUCUGUUGAUGAGGUUACUGAUUUCUAGAUGUUUUUUUUGUUACGCUCAUCCAAAUAACUCUUUAUUUUUAAAGAAAUAGUUUCGCGUUUUGUUAAGAGUUAUUGAGAAGAUUGAUACCACUCUCGCGUAUCAUACAAUAAAUAUGGAGCUACAGCCAACAGUAGGUUAGCUUAGAUUAGCCUAGCCUAAAGACUCGAAACAAGAUACAACGGUUAGCCUGUCCGUCCGUCCGUCCGUCCUAAACUGACAAAAUCUGCCUAUCACUGCUUCUGAACACAUUGUGUUUCAUACAUUCAAUGUGUACAAAAACUGAAGUGAAACAUGACAUGACUUGGUUGACAUUUGACAAAAACAACGUUGUUUCCAGUUUAUAUGCUGAGCUAAGAACAUAGAGCAUGGACUGUAUAUAAAGAUGAAUGAACCUUCCUGAAUAGCAGUUUUUGUGAUGGCUCCAGCAGCCGCCAUCUUGGCAAUGACUCCACCUAACUCCUGGCUCAGUGUUGCCAGAUGG